CCCAAAGUGCUCGGAAAAGAGAGUUGGCGGAGGGAGAGGAAUAUGUGCCCCGCAGUGGCCUAGGCCCUUUGGCCCCGGCCGCUAUGACCUCUUUGCCCUGCCCCAUCCCUGGCCGGGACGCCACCAAAGCCAUCUUCCCGGACGUCGCCCCCGUCCCAUCGGUAGUGGCUGCCUAUCCGCUUGGCCUGUCUCCCGCGACCGCAGCCGCCUCCGAUUUGCCCUACCCUGGACCAUACAGCCACCUCUUGCCCUACCCUUACGCUGGGCCGGCGGCCCCCGGAGACUCCUACCUGCCUUGCCAGCAACUCGUGACGCCCUCUCAGCAGGAAUCCCAGGCAGACUCAGAGAAGCUGCGGUUGUCCCCGGAGCCCUCGGAGAGGCUCCCGCAGGCCCCCACCAAGAAGCUGCGCAAGCCGAGGACCAUCUACUCGAGCCUGCAACUGCAGCACCUAAACCAGCGCUUCCAGCACACACAGUACCUGGCGCUGCCCGAGAGGGCCCAGCUGGCCGCUCAGCUCGGCCUCACCCAGACCCAGGUAAAGAUCUGGUUUCAGAACAAACGCUCCAAAUAUAAGAAACUUCUGAAGCAGAACUCUGGGGGGCAAGAAGGGGACUUCCCUGGAAGGCCCCCCUCCCUGUCUCCCUGCUCUCCACCCCUUCCAUCCCUCUGGGAUCUACCCAAGGCAGGGGCCCUGCCUGCCAGUGGCUAUGGCAACAGCUUUGGAACCUGGUAUCAGCAUCACUCCCCAGAUGUCCUGGCUCCACCUCAGAUGAUGUGAGUCUGGGGAAGGAUGGGUUCAGCCCCCAGCCCUCCUACAAAGCCAUGGACCCAGCCCACCUGCACCCCUUCUGGGCUGGGAGGAAACCAGCUCCAGAUGGGUUUUCUCAGGAGGACAGAGGGUGGGUGGAGGCCUGCCCCCCUUGCCCUGUAACCCAAAAGCCCAAUCAAGCACUGCAGUCUUACCCACUGCCCCCUCCUCUGCCGUGGACAUGGACUGGAACCUUCCUUCAGCUGGUCAGAGGCUCUGGAGAGAGGCUUAUUGACUGGAGUUCAGAUGGCUCCCAGGACCCCAUCUUUGCCACGCCAUAGCAGCCGAGGUCAAAGCCAGCUGGAAACACCCCGAGCAUGUUUUACUUUGCAUGCCUUGGGCCUUGCCUCCCACUUGCAAGCAAAAACAGAAGUGAAGUGGACAUCCAGAGUCUUCAAGUUGGCCCUCAGGUCCUACCCAUCACUUUUCCUGGAGGUCAGCCCUAUACCCCAUGACUGAUGCACCCACUCACCAUCCUGUGAAGUAGAAGGGACAACAAAAUAUGUGGGAUUUGUGGACCUGGGAAUUGCCUGAAUUGGGGGCUGGGAGGGGUGGAUAAUUUAUAUUCUCUUCCUAAAAAACCCUGUUUUCCCCAUAUUUACCCCUUUUGAGUACAUAAUAGAUCCAAUUAUCCAUAUAAUUCACCAGCUGUUAUUAAGAGCUCACCUCUAAUACCCAAGGACCCACAUGCAGGCACUCUUGGAACCCAUUAGGGUAACACUUUGGGGGAGAAUGGGGACAAAUGGGCUCUCUGAAUGAGUGUGAAUGGAGAUAUCUUCAGUAAGUAUGGUGGGAGGGCAGCUCAGCUCUUCACAGCCACCUCUAUGCAUAGAAACUGCUCAUAUUGCUCUUACCACCCCCCACACCAUGAAUUUCCAGAGAUUAAAGUUUGUACA